UAUUGUUUGACCAAAUAUUCGCAGAAAUUUUUAAAAAUGUAAAUAAGGUUGAAAAGCCGUGAAUAUAAAUUCUGUUUAAUUUUUUUGAAAAAUAUCGGAGAAAGAUUUGUUUUACCGAAAAAUAAAAAAUGACUUCUAAUGAAACCAUUAACACAAACCGUUUUUCGAUACCUGACUAUUUAGUAUUUGCUGCUACUUUGAUAAUUUCAAGUUUUAUAGGAAUAUACUUUGCUUGUGGUGGAAAGCAAACAAAUACCAAAGAAUAUUUGAUGGCUGGCAAAAAUAUGUCAUGGUUUCCUUUAUUUGUGUCUUUACUUGCUUCCUACUUGUCCGCAAUUACUUUAUUAGGAGUUCCAUCUGAAAUAUUCACUUAUGGUAUACAAUAUAUUGUAUUGUGUUUUUCUUAUGUGAUAAUAGUACUCGUGAGCUCAACUAUAUUUUUACCAAUCUUCUACAAGCUGCAAUUGGUCAGCUCAAAUGAGUAUUUAGAGAAAAGAUUCACACCAAGUGUCAGAUCCUUAGGAUGUGUUCUUGUUUUGACUCAAUAUAUCCUCUAUCUCGCAGUGGUUUUUUAUGCUCCAAGUUUGGCACUAGAAUCAGUUGCAGGAAUUCAGAUUACAGCAACCAUCAUUAGCACAGGUGUUGUUUGUACUUUUUAUACAACAUUGGGUGGAAUGAAGGCAGUAAUAUGGACAGAUGUGUUUCAAGCUGGUAUAAUGGUGGCUGGACUUGUUGUAGUAAUGAUUAUCGGACUUAUAGAAAUAGGUGGCUUUUCCAACUUAAUUAGAAUUGCUACAAAUGGGGAGAGAAUCAAGCUCUUUGACUUUAAUCCAGAUCCAACUGUUCGAAAUACAUUCUGGACUCUGACUAUUGGUGGUUCCUUUACUGCAAUGCCUUUAUGGACUGUCUGUCAACCUGCUGUUCAGCGGUUUCAAGCUGCAAAAAGUAUUGCUGAAGCAAGAAAAGCACUUCUAAUGAAUAUACCUGGUCUUAUAUUCAUUGUUUUAUUAUGUGCAAUGGAUGGUUUGAUUAUAUACGCAGUUUACCAUGAGUGUAAUAUUGGAGUGAAUGGAAUAAAAGCUGUAAAGAACAAUGAUCAGGUGCUUCCUUAUUUCAUUAUACACAAGGCAAGUCAUUUAAAAGGUGUUGCUGGUUUGUUUACAUCAUGCUUAUUUAGUGGUGCAUUAAGCACAGCAUCUUCUGGAUUGAACUCAAUGGCUGCUGUUGCAUUAGAAGAUAUUGUAAAAAAGAUAAAACCUGGUAUCUCUGAACAUGUAUCGACAAUUGUUUCUAAAGUUAUUGCUUGCUGUUUGGGAGCUGUUGUUAUUGGAUUAGCAUUCUUGGUGUCAUUGUUUGGUUCCAUGGUUUUGCAGCUAGCAUAUAGUAUUUUUGGUAUUGUUGGAGGUCCUUAUUUAGGUUUAUUUUUUCUCGGAAUAAUGGUUCCAUUCUCUAAUGCAAAGGGAGCUUAUUGUGGUGCUUUGUUUGGUGUAUUUUCUACACUAUGGCUAGCCAUAGGUGCUUUGAUGUAUCCUCCAAACAAACGUGAAGCUGUAAUACAUGUCUAUAAGUGUUUUGGUUUUAACAGUACUAAUGCAACCAUGGAUUGGCAAAAAGGAAGCGGAGAGAUUAGACCUGUAUAUAAAACACCUAACAUUAAUUCGAUGCUUUCGUCAUGGUACUCUGUUUCUUAUCUUUGGUAUGCUGCAAUUGGCGUGAGUUUCACAGUGGUUACUGGGUCACUUUUUUCUUUAAUUUUUCAAUGUAUAUUGUCCGAAGAACAAAAAUUUGUUGAAGACAGUCUUUUAUUUAAUUAUGAAGAUUUUUUUCAAACAUUUAUUCCG